GACGCGAGGCUUUAUCUGCCCGGAAGAGAUCGUUUUCGCCAUUAGGGUUACUCAGCCCUUUCACUAUCGCCCUUGGCUACCGCCGGAGCUCCCCAGCGCGGGACGGGUGGUGUUCGUGUGGCUACAGUGAGCCCAAGCUUAGCCCCACGGCAGCAGCGCGGGUGGCUCCGGCCCUGGCCCUUUCCCCCCAGCGCUCAGCUCCACCGUCGCCUUCCGCGCCCGCAGCAGGAGGAGAAAGAGAAGGAAGAAGAGGACGGCGCACCUGGGCUGGGGCGGCGGCACGCUCCCCUCCCCCCGAACCCCCGCGCGGAGCGGGCCUGGCGGGACGUCCCCCUUCGGCAGCUUCAUGGCGACUGCGGCGGUGGAGCCUGUGUACGGGCUGGCGGAAGAGGAGUCUUUAAACAGCUGUCAAAUGGUGAAGUCUGAAGAUGAUGGAGAUGCCAGUUUUCUUCUGGGGAAAGGCCUCGGUGGAGGAGGAGUCUCGUAUCCUCAGGGUGAAGGUGGUCUCUGGCAUUGAUCUGGCAAAAAAAGACAUCUUUGGAGCCAGUGAUCCCUACGUCAAACUUUCUUUGUAUGUAGCAGAUGAGAACAGAGAACUUUCUCUGGUGCAGACAAAAACUAUUAAAAAGACACUGAAUCCAAAAUGGAAUGAGGAGUUUUAUUUUAGAGUAAAUCCAACCAAUCAUCGCCUCCUGUUUGAAGUGUUUGAUGAGAACAGAUUGACUAGAGAUGACUUCCUGGGUCAGGUGGAUUUGCCUCUUAGUCACCUUCCGACUGAAGACCCAACCAUGGAAAGGCCAUACACGUUUAAGGAUUUCCUUCUCAGACCAAGAAGCCACAAAUCUCACGUAAAGGGUUUCUUGAGAUUGAAGAUGGCUUAUAUGCCUAAAAAUGGUGGUCAAGAGGAAGAAAAUAGCAAUCAAAGGAACGAGUCUGAGCAUGAAUGGGAUGUGACUGAUUCCAGUGACUCUGCAUCUCAGUGUCAGGAGGUGUUACCACCUCCUCCACUGCCUCCUGGAUGGGAAGAAAAGGUUGACAACCUGGGGCGGACAUACUAUGUCAACCACAACAACAGAACUACUCAAUGGCAUCGACCAAGUUUAAUUGAUGUGGGAUCCGAUUCAGAGAACAACAGACAAAUAAACUAUGAAGCAGCCCAUAGGCGGUUUCGCUCUCGGAGACACAUUAGUGAGGAUUUGGAACCAGAACCUAUGGAGACUGGAGACAUUCUUGAGCCUUGGGAAGCCAUUUCAGAGGAAGCAAGUACAAGUGGAGAUUCUUUAAUUUUAUCAUUGCCACCACCUCCUGCAUCUCCUGUAUCCCAUGCCAGUCCUCAGGAGCUAUCUGAGAAACUGAGCAGUAGAUUUCAGAUCACUAAUGAGGAACAGCUGAGUUCUUUGAUUCAAAGAGAUCCUUCUUCAAGAUUGAGAUCUUGCAGUGUAACAGAUACAGUCGCUGAACAGUCUCGCUUAUCUUUGCAGGGAGGCCCAUCUAGGAAAACUCGUUCUUCAGCUGUCACAGAUGGUGAGGAAACAAUGCCUUCAGUGGCCUAUGUCCACACUACACCAGGCUUACCUUCAGGCUGGGAAGAAAGAAAGGAUGCAAAGGGCCGUACUUACUAUGUCAAUCACAACAAUCGAACCACAACCUGGACACGGCCCAUUAUACAGUUUACAGAAGAUGGCAUGGUUGGGUCAGCAGCAAACAGCAACAGUCAUUUAAGUGAACCUCAAAUCAGACGGCCUCGCAGCCUCAGUUCACCUACAGUAACCUUAUCUGCUCCACUUGAGGGUAUGAAGGACUCUCCAGUGCGCAGAGCAGUGAAGGACAUACUAUCCAACCCACAGUCUCUACAGCCCUCACCCUACAGCUCUCCUAAACCACAGAACAAAGUUGCACAAAGCUUCCUUCCUCCUGGCUGGGAGAUGCGAAUAGCACCCAACAGCAGGCCCUUCUUCAUCGAUCAUAAUACUAAAACUACUACAUGGGAAGAUCCACGUCUGAAAUUUCCAGUGCAUUUGAGAUCAAAAGCUUCUUUAAAUCCUGAUGAUUUGGGCCCUCUUCCUCCUGGUUGGGAGGAAAGAAUACAUUUGGAUGGAAGAAUGUUUUAUAUAGAUCAUAAUAAUAAAAUUACCCAAUGGGAAGAUCCCAGACUGCAGAGCCCAGCAAUUACUGGUCCAGCAGUUCCAUAUUCUAGGGAGUUCAAACAGAAAUAUGACUAUUUCCGGAAGAAGUUGAAGAAACCUGAUGAUAUACCAAGCAGGUUUGAGAUGAAGCUGCACAGAAAUAAUAUUUUUGAGGAGUCCUACAGAAGAAUCAUGUCUGUGAAAAGACCUGAUGUACUGAAGGCCAGGCUCUGGAUUGAAUUUGAGUCAGAAAAAGGACUUGACUAUGGAGGUGUGGCUAGAGAAUGGUUUUUUCUCUUGUCCAAGGAGAUGUUCAACCCAUAUUAUGGUCUCUUUGAAUAUUCAGCAACGGACAACUAUACACUUCAGAUUAAUCCUAAUUCAGGUCUUUGUAACGAAGAUCAUCUUUCAUAUUUCAUGUUUAUUGGACGAGUUGCUGGCCUGGCAGUGUAUCAUGGGAAACUAUUGGAUGGCUUCUUCAUCAGACCUUUUUACAAGAUGAUGCUGGGGAAGCCAAUAAUUCUGAAAGAUAUGGAAUCAGUGGACAGUGAAUACUACAACUCUUUGAAGUGGAUCCUGGAAAAUGACCCUACAGAGCUGGAUCUCAUGUUUUGCAUUGAUGAGGAAAACUUCGGACAGACAUAUCAAGUAGACCUGAAGCCAAAUGGGUCUGAAAUCAUGGUAACAAAUGAAAACAAAAGAGAAUAUAUUGAUCUGGUCAUCCAGUGGCGGUUUGUAAACAGAGUUCAAAAACAAAUGAAUGCUUUUUUGGAGGGAUUCACAGAACUUCUUCCUAUUGAUCUGAUUAAAAUUUUUGAUGAAAACGAACUAGAGUUACUGAUGUGUGGCCUUGGCGAUGUUGACGUUAAUGACUGGAGACAACAUACAGUCUACAAAAAUGGCUACUGCCCAAAUCAUCCUGUUAUCCAGUGGUUCUGGAAGGCUGUUUUACUGAUGGAUGCAGAAAAACGUAUUCGGUUACUGCAGUUUGUUACUGGCACAUCACGUGUGCCUAUGAAUGGAUUUGCUGAACUUUAUGGUUCAAAUGGUCCUCAGCUGUUUACAAUAGAGCAAUGGGGAACUCCUGAUAAACUGCCCAGAGCUCACACAUGCUUUAAUCGCUUAGACUUACCUCUUUAUGAAUCUUUUGACAACCUACAAGAGAAGCUACUUAUGGCAGUUGAAAAUGCUGAAGGAUUUGAAGGAGUGGAUUAGAACCCUUUUUCUUCACGUUCUAGUGUGUUCUGCUACACUUCUACAUUUGCCUAAUGAACUGAGUGACCAUGGUACAACUGUUGCGCAGCAUUGGGUCCUGGAGCAAACUCUUCAACAGUACAGUUGCCUAAAUUCAGAAUUUUGAACUAUAAUAUGUGAAUGGCUUUUUUGAUGUUUCCACAAUCGCUUACCAACUGGUUAAUAUGACUACAUUUCAGCAGAACUUACUGUAUUUAUGUUGUACCUCUGUAGACCAAGUCCUUAAUAAAAAUUUUACAUAAUUUUUAAUGGCAAUUAAUGAAAUUAAUCAUUUUACAGGUAUAGUAUUACAACUCAUGUUUACUUUUUGAUUUAAACAUUUUCAGAUUAAAUUUCAUGCACUUGGAGAAAAAAGGUGAGCAUUUUUCUUUAUUUCAUACCAUACUUGAUGCCAGUGUCAUUUUUUUUUUUCAAGCACAUUUUGAGCCUUGUGUUCCCAAGCCAUUAAGAAAAUAGGAGACAGCUAUGUUGGAAUUUUUCUCUAUAUUGGCUAUUUCAAGAGCACAUACAUAUUUUUCUGUAUCUGUGUGCAGAAGAGGUAUGGAUUCUGUUGCAUUUUUGUAUAAAUAAUGAUUCUCUCUUGGCUCAUAACUACUGUAACAUAGCAUGCCUAAUCUCAUGUUCAGUAAAGGAAUUGCCUCAUUAUUCCUUGGUAAUAUUACAUGUACUGAAGAACAUUUUGAGGUAGGGUUGGCGUUAAUCAUUUAGGAAAAUAUGCUUAACCCUUUCAUUAUCUUUGUAUAGUGAUUCUUUUGUUAUCCUUUCCUCUUUACUGUUUGUAAUGGAGGCAUUUUGAAAGAAAUCUGGCUCUGUGUGAUUUAGCACUAUGGAAAACAUCUUUUUUAUUUCCUAUUUGUAUGCAUUUGCUAAUGAAAUCUAAUCACAUUUUUGUUGUUGUUGUUUCUAAUUGCACCAACUCUAAAGUCACUUUAUGUAACACACUGAAGUCACAUUAACGUUUAUGAUUAAAAACAGAUAUGAUUAAAUUCCUUCUCACUGCACAUGCCUUUCUGGUGCAAUAUCGAUCUAUUGUGAAUUUGGUUGCUGAUGUAUAAAAAUAACAGCUGUAGAGUUGAGCCUGCAGGCAUGAUCCUCAGCAAUUGUUUUUGUGAUUUAUUUUUUACUUAAAGAUUUAUUUAUUA